AGAAUGGUUGAUUGUGUGGGAAUCCUGACAUUCAGUCACUACGCCUUAUCUUGCUAUUGGGUUAGCUGGCUCAAUUCAUUAGACUUUUAGUGAGAUCUGUUCAAGAAUACAUAAAGUGCAUUCAUUGUAAAUUGCUGGCACUGGGUUAAGUUCGCUUAUUGCUCUAUGGAUGUUGAGUGAACAUCAAGCAGAAAAUGCUGCGUAUCCUGAAAGAUCUAUCGAAGGCAGUUACUGUUUGUUCAAAAUGUCUAGUUGGAAAGGCUGUGCCGAAUUGGUCCAAUUCUUUAGCGCUUAAAAACAGACUCUGGUCAAAUCUCAAGGUAGCUCCAGCAGUUUUACAAACAUUGAAUACAAAAUCAUUUACCUCAUUGUCGAACGGUACAAUUCGUGAUCUGACAAACUUGAAUGCAAGGUCUUAUCGUUCCGUUCGACCGAGCGGUUCUGAGCCAGAGCGCUCGCGUGAUGAGCGUUUCCUGUACCGAAGUGACCUCAAGAACGCCGAGCGGAUUAUAGUCAAGCUGGGAAGCGCCGUAAUCACAAGAGAGGACGAAUGCGGUCUGGCACUGGGUCGUCUGGCGUCUAUUGUAGAACAGGUGUGCGAGCUACAGAGCCAGGGCUUUCAGAUGACACUGAUCACCAGUGGGGCCGUGGCGUUUGGCAAGCAGAAACUGCGACACGAGAUCUUGAUGUCAAAGAGUGUACGAGAGACCCUGUCUACAUCCGUCACUGCUAGUAUACCUAAUUUUGAGCCCAGGGCGUGUGCAGCAGCGGGUCAGAGCGGGCUCAUGUCACUGUACGAGGCCAUGUUCCAGCAAUAUGGCUUCAAAACUGCCCAGGUCCUGGUGAAUUCGCGGGAUUUCCAGAAUGAGUUCACUAGCAGACAUUUGACGGAAACCAUGAAUGAACUUCUCAUCUACAACAUCAUUCCAAUUAUCAAUACCAAUGACGCCAUUGCCUCACCACCUGAACUAGACAAGGAUUUGCGUGGGGUCAUCAGUGUCAAGGACAACGACUCGCUAGCAGCCAGGAUUGCCGUGGAAAUGAAUGCCGACCUUCUGGUGCUGAUGUCCGACGUAAACGGGCUCUACACGUCGCCACCUGACGUCGAGGGAUCGAGGCUGAUGAAAACCUUUGCGCCGAAACUGGACCUACGGAACGUAGUCUUUGCUGGAAAGUCGCGUGUCGGUCUUGGUGGAAUGGAAUCCAAGGUGUCUGCUGCAACAUGGGCCCUGGACAAGGGCGUGUCUGUAGUGAUAUGCAACGGACUGGAGUACCGAGCCCUGCCCAAUAUCAUCAAGGGCAAGUCCAUAGGAACAUUCUUUACUAAUGCCAAGCACGUGGCCAGCCCCGUGCAGGUGGAUGCUGUGAAAGCCAAAGAGGCAAGUUUGAACUUGCAGUCUCUGGAACCGGCCCAGCGUCGCCAGAUCAUUGAACAUAUUGCGGACUUGCUAAUCGAGCGCUCCUCGGAUAUCCUUAAUGCAAACAAGCGAGACAUAGUGGCGGCCAAAAGAAACAAUCUGUCGGAUGUUCUUGUAUCUCGCCUGGAGCUCUCAUUAUCCAAGCUGCAGACGCUCGCAACAGGAUUGCGUCAGAUAGCAGCAUCAUGCGAGGACACCAUUGGCCGUGUUCUGCAGACCACGAAAAUCAGCGACAACCUUAUCCUAAAGAAAAUUACUGCUCCAAUCGGCGUUCUUCUUGUGAUUUUUGAAUCUCGACCAGAUUGCCUGCCCCAGGUUGCCGCCCUGGCGAUCAGCAGUGGUAACGGUCUACUGCUGAAGGGGGGCAGUGAGGCGCAGUACAGCAACGAGCUGCUGUUUGGGCUGGUGAGAGAGGCCCUCGACAAGGUCCACCUUAAAGAGGCCGUGGCUCUGGCCAACAAACGUGAGGACAUUGACGAUCUCUUGGAACUUAACGAGUACAUCGACCUGGUGAUCCCGCGUGGCUCGAGCAGUCUCGUGCGCUCCAUACAGAAGAAGAGUCAGGGGAUUCCCGUACUCGGUCACAGCGAGGGCAUCUGUCACGUGUACGUGGACGAGGACGUCAACCCUGAGAUGGCUACUAAGAUAGUUGUUGACUCCAAAUGUGACUAUCCGUCAGCAUGCAACUCCAUCGAAACGUUGUUGAUCCACAAGUCACAUCUGCGCUCGGGAGUCCUCGAGGGUAUUUGUGACGAACUGAAGAAAAAUGAAGUACGCCUCUACUCUGGCCCACUGUUGCAAUCUAUGAUGAAGUUUUGCCCACCGCCAGCCGAGCGCAUGGAUAAGGAGUACGGCGACCUUGAACUGACCUUGGAGGUCGUGGACGACGUGGAAAUGGCCAUAGCGCACAUCAACAAGUACGGGAGCAACCAUACGGACUCCAUCGUUACCAACAACCGAGCCACUGCUAAGCGUUUCUUGGAGAGAGUCGACAGUGCGUCUGUAUUCCACAAUGCCAGCACACGGUUUGCUGAUGGAUUUAGAUAUGGUCUCGGUGCUGAGGUGGGUAUCAGUACGACCCGUAUCCAUGCCCGGGGCCCAGUUGGGGUCGAGGGGCUACUAACCACCAAGUACGUCUUGGAAGGAGCAGGUCAAACCGUUAAGGAGUUCACUGAGGGGAAGUACAAGUACAUCCACGAAAAACUGUAGUUCUGAAUAUACGGGAAUAAAGAAUUAUGCAGGAUUUUGUUUUUGAAAUAUGCUUUAAUAUUUUUUGUUUUACUAUAAGUGAAUGAAAAUGAUGUUCAUCCAUGACAAUUUGCAUUUGUGAAUAAACUCGGAAUUAUA